GAUUUAUCGUCCCACAAAUAUUUCCUAUUUGGAUCGACCCUCAAAAAUCUCACGUGGCCUUACAGUCCAGCCGCGAUACAGAUCUACGGCUCAUAUCUUUAAUUAGCGCCUGGUCUAGAAAAGUCCUCUCUCCACCACGGGAGCUUUCUCAGCCUCCAGCCGCCUCGGUUGCAACCGCCGAUCGACAGCAUCUCCUAUCUCCCUCAUUUUGGGUUAUCGAUCGUAUUUAUCCGUCCAUAGACAUUCUUUUGGAUAAAAUAAGAGAAUCAAUCUUAGCAAAAAGAACCUAAAAGCUAUUGUUUGUGCUGAUUGGAUAAAAUAGAUCUCUGUGGUUUGGUCUUCAAAGAUGUUAUCUAAGAAGGAUAAGUUUUCGGGAGGAUAUGCUGCUGGUUUUGCCACUAAUUAUGAGUUGGAAGAUUCUGGAAGUUCAGGUAGAAUCGAUACUGGUAUGGGGGGUUCACAGGUUUCAUCUGCACAUAGAAGAAAGUGGGUUAAUUUAAAUUCCGCUUCUGAUGAUGGUUUUGCUGUCCCCCUCCAAGUCAUACCUCUCUCUAAAUUAUCUUCAUCUGAGAGGUGGAACUUAAUACUGGAAUUGAGAUCUGAACUUGAACGAACUCGUAUUCUCCAGAAGAAAAUUGAGCAUCAUAGAACGAAUACUGUAACUGCAUCAUCAUGUAGUGACAUACUUAGCUGUAACAAUACUAAAAAACGACCCUCAGUUGGGACCACAAAAAAAUCUUCAGGCUCGGGGAAGAAAUCAAGCUCUAACUCUCUUGGACAGAAGCCCCGGGGGUGGAACCUUGGUUCUUCUGGAAGGUUUGAGCCUGCGAGACACGUUCCAGAACAAUCAAAUUUGAAUGCUACGUUACUCAAGCAAUGCGGAAACCUGUUGAAAAGUUUAAUGAUGCAUCAGCAUGGUUGGGUGUUUAAUGAGCCUGUUGAUCCAGUAAAGCUAAACAUACCGGAUUAUUUUACUGUAAUUAAGCAUCCAAUGGAUCUUGGAACUAUAAAGAAGAAGCUAGCUUGCGGUCAGUACUUAAGUCCACUAGACUUUCUUGCCGAUGUGAGACUGACAUUUUCCAAUGCCAUGACCUACAAUCCACCAGGAAAUCAUGUCCAUGUAAUGGCUGACACCCUCCGAAAGUUUUUUGAAAUGAGAUGGAAACUUAUUGAAAAAAAAAUUCCAGUCACCGUCGCUGAAUCAGCAGAAGUGAACUCUGGCCUGCAUGAAGAAAGUGAAACAACAAAGCCUGUAUCUUCUAAGCCAGUAUCAUCUUCAAAGAAAAGGAAAGUGUCUCCCACACAUCACAUAGUAGGCCCAGAUCCACCUAAGCAGAGGAUGUCUAAUGAAGAGAAAAGUAGAUUAAGCCAAGAUUUGGCAGCUUCACUGGCAGAUUUACCAGAUAACAUCAUUGAGUUUCUCAAGGAACAAAGUUCAAGUGGAGCAGAAGUGGGAGAGGAUGAGAUUGAGAUCGAUAUUGAUGUUCUUAGAGACGAAACGUUAUUCAAAUUGAGAAUAUUAUUAGAUGACUUUUUGCAUCAGAAACAAAAAACCAAUGCGAAAGCAGAAGUUUGUGAGAUUGAGCUGCAAAAUGAAUCGGGUUUUAGCAAUUCAUCCAUGCAACUAGACAAAGGUAACGAUCUUGCUGAGGAGGAGAUUGACAUUGGCGGGAAUGAGCCUCCUGUCUCAAGCUAUCCUUUGAAUGAAAUGAAAAAGGAUAAUGCUUUACAAAGUAAUGAAUGUAUUAAUGCACGGGGUCCAACUGGGAUUUCAGAUUCAGACUCGAGUAGCUCAUCUGAUGGCGAAUCUGAUGGACAAAAAGCUUCUGCUCUCACAAAGCAGGAUCAGGGUUGCCUUUCGGCAAGCAUUCAUGAGAAAGAUUCUAUCAGUUUGUUUGAUCAGGCUGAGCAAAACUCUCAACAGAAGCUGAUGAGUUCUGUUGAAUUUGAUGGGCAGCAAGAUGGGGAGAUGCGUCAGAAUGAUAGGCCAGCAUCUCCUGAGAAGCUAUAUAGGGCUGCUUUAUUAAAGAACCGAUUUGCAGAUACAAUUUUAAAGGCUCGAGAAAAGACACUCAGUCAGGCUGAGAAGGGGGACCCGGAGCAACUCCGUCGUGAAAGGGAGGUACUUGAGAUGCAGAGAAAGAAAGAGAAAGCUAGAUUGCAAGCAGAAGCCAAAGCUGCUGAGGAGGCUAGAAAACGGGCAGAAGAGGAAGUUGUUGCUGAGGUCAAGAGAAAAAGGGAAUUUGAAAGAGAAGCUGCAAGGCAAGCAUUGCUCAAGAUGGAACAGACGGUCGAGAUAGAUGAGAAUUCGAGGUUCCUUGAAGAUUUGGAGAUGUUGAGGGUGGGCUCUGCAGAACAAGUGCUCAGCCCGCUAACUGAGACCAGCCCACAACUUUCACAGGAUGGUUUAGGCAGUUUCAAAUUUACGGGCAGUAAUCCUCUGGAACAACUUGGUCUGUAUAUGAAGGUAGAUGACGAAUUUGAAGAAUGUGAGCCGCCCCCAACUUGCGGUGCGACGAAAGAUACAAAUGACGUGGAGGAAGGAGAGAUUGAUUAAGUGUGGGGCAUGUUUGGUUCUCCGGAUGCCCUCUCUCACCUACAGGGAUGAAACAUCCCCGGGUCAUGUCAUACCGCACGGAACCUGCAAAAAUUCCAUGGUCCUGAAAUGGAUGUAUAUCAAUUUGAAUACAUGUGUUAUGAUACUGGUAAAAAAAAUGCCAAGUUUCACUUCAUGUUUACCAGUUACCACCAAGGGCAUUUUAGAGGCGAAGUAACGAUUUCACAUUAUGUUAGUGUUGUUAUGGGAUAAGUGACUUUGAAAUAAUGCAAGUGCAUAACAAUAAUUUUAGCUUUAAAAUGAAGCCGGUGGUGAAUUUGGACGUAUGUGACGGUCUUGUAAUUCUCAUAACUAUACCUCAAGUGACAAAGGGGUGUUGCUACCAGUAGCCACGGCUGAAAAAUUUAAUCCAAAU